AUGUCGCGACGCGUGGCAGACGACUUCCGGAUCUUCUGCGGGGACCUGGGGAACGAGGUGAACGACGACAUCCUGGGCCGGGCGUUCGGGCGCUUCCCGUCCUUCCUGAAGGCCAAGGUGAUCCGCGACAAGCGGACGGGCAAGACCAAGGGCUACGGCUUCGUCUCCUUCAAGGACCCCAGCGACUACGUCCGCGCCAUGCGCGAGAUGAACGGUGCUCCCAGUGCUCCCAGUAACACCCAGUAA